AAAAGGUUUCUUAGAAUUUGAGAAGUACCAAACCUCUCAAGUGUUAAAUAACUAAAAAUGUGCAUCACAUCAUACAUCCUAAUUCUCUCUCUUCUCUCUCUUUUUUCUCAAGGUCUUCUACUCUCUGUUUCAAAAUCUCUGCAAGAAGUAGAAGAUGAAGAUAUGUUGCUAGCAGCAUUAAAUCUAGGAAAAACUCUACGAAAUGGAGAUAAAACUAUGAACAGGGGAGUGAUACCUUUGCUGAAGCACUACAAGACUGAAGACAGCACUGUUUUCAAUGAAAAGAAUGCUGGAAACACGAAGUUUUUGGACAGAGGUUCCAGACAUGAUUUCUUCAACCAUGUUAUGCCAAUCAACUUAGGUAGAAAACAACUACCUUAUCCUGCACUGAAGGGAGCCAUGGCUUUUCCAGCUGACACUGAAAUUCAAAAUAUUCAGUCAACACAGGAAAGAGAGACCACAGAUGAAGAAAAUUCAGCUAAAUUCCCUAUAGGAAGAAGAGAUUUUGACAGUAAAUAUAUUUUAUUUUUACACAAAAGAUUAUUUCAUUCUGGUAAAUUACAGUGCAAUGUCAAUAUAGCAAUUUGAUAAAGGUUCAUUUAGAACCUCCAUGUCUGUUAUGAUUCGGUGCACAGGGGAGGGAGCGUUUGUUAAAUAAAUAUUUCCAGAGGCCAUAAGAAUUCUAGUUCUUUGAUGAUAUAAACUUUCAGACUCUUAUUUUUU